UAAACCGUACCGGGCAUGAACUCUGGUUCGGUAGGUUAGAGUACACACACUUGUGACUAAACUUGCAAUUGAAAACCUAAAAAGUCGCGACUCUGCUCUCUGCAAAAAUGGUUCUACUUUUGGCUUAAAGAGCCAUGUUUUCGAGUCUUUGCCAUGGCGGGUUUCAUUAGGCGCAACGGAAACGUAUUCUUUCGUUCUCAAACCCUAUCCGCUUUCUACUCCAAGUUGCAGAGAAGUAACUGCACGCUUGCUGAGGGAGUCAUGGAGAAGUGUUCUAGCAUUCGUUCAGUUAUUGAUGAAGAUAUAAAUUCAGUUGAUACAUCGAAGUGGAAGAAGGUACGAGCAAGUGAUGCUGGAAUUAGAAAUUCAAUGAUCCCUGAAUCCUCUAUGAAUGUCUUGAGACUCCUUAGACGUCAAGGUUUCGAUGCAUACCUUGUUGGUGGAUGUGUAAGGGAUUUGAUACUGCAUAGAGUGCCAAAAGACUAUGAUGUGAUCACUACAGCUAAUCUUAAGCAGAUCCGACGGCUGUUUCAUCGUGCUCAGGUUAUUGGGAAACGGUUUCCUAUUUGUCAUGUGUGGAUGGGAGGUUCGAUAAUUGAGGUGUCCAGUUUUGAUACCGUGGCACACAGUGACAGUGAGCAUGAAGAUGAUUUGGAGAAGUCUAAAGAGAAAUCUGGUGUUUCACUGGAUACCGAGGCAAACAAAAAUAACAGCCUCUUCACAAUGUAUUCUGGUUGGGAUGUAAAAGACUGUAAUCGUUGGAGGAAUAGCUUGCAGCGGGAUUUCACAAUUAACAGUUUGUUCUAUAAUCCCUUUGAGUUAAAAAUUUAUGACUAUGCCAAUGGAAUGGAAGACUUGACGGAUCUUAAGCUUCGUACACUUGUCCCUGCACAUUUGUCAUUCAAGGAAGAUUGUGCUAGAAUUCUUAGGGGGUUAAGAAUUGCAGCACGAUUGGGUCUAUCAUUGUCAAAGGAUAUUGAGACUGCAAUACCUGAAUUUGUAUCUUCCGUUGCAAAUUUGGACCAGUUUAGAUUAAUCAUGGAAAUGAAUUAUAUGCUUGCGUAUGGAGCUGCUGCGCCUUCCAUCCUUCUUCUCAUGAAGUUCAAACUACUUCACGUGUUACUUCCUUUUCAGGCAGCUUACCUGGAUCAAGCUAGUGAAACAUCUCUAUCAAGUUCCUUGAUGCUAGUGAGAUUAUUCUCCAAUAUGGAUAAAUUGGUUUCCUGCGAUCAACCUGCUGACCCCAAACUAUGGAUUGCAGUGUUGGCCUUUCACAUUGCACUAGUGCGUAACCCCCAGGAGGCUAUUGUGGUGCGUGCUUUCGCCGCUUUGCUCUACCAUAGAAACUGGAGCAAAGCUGUCAAAUUUGCUAGAGAACAUGAAACUUCAGUAGUCGGAUACGCUCCUGAGGUAUCUAAAUUUUCGAGAAAGAGAUCUGAUGAAGAUCUUGCAGAAGCAGUUUCAGAAUUCACAUGUCUUUUAAAAGAUACUCAAUACGUUCUGACUGAUAUAGAGGCUCUCCGCGAAGCCCUAUACCUAUACCCGGAUUUCAAAUUCUCUGGUCUGGUGUUUAUACCGAAGAGAAAGGGGAGAGAUGUAGCAGAAGGGUUGGCGAGAUUAAGUGAUGUUGAAUCAUACGAAAGCAAAAAGGAGGGAUUCUCUAUUGAUUAUCUCUUACUUGGGAAGGGAAAUCCAUGCGAAGUAAGAUUUGUUCUUGGCAAAAUCAUUCUGGACACCAUCACAGAAGGUAUCGUCAUUGAACCUCUAAACUCUGUCAAGAAGAAGCAGAGCACCAGUAAUCAAAUUGUUUCAGCGGCUUGCUUGGAGAAGAAGGAUGAGUUGUUCGUUACUAAAUCGUCAAAGGAGGAGAACAACAAUCACACUCCAGUCUAUGACUCAAAUGCAUCAUCUGUUCUGAAGAUUUUGAAGAGGACGAGAAAAGAGAGUGAACAGAAGAUCGACCAAGAGACCGAGGUAUGUCCAAGAACCCUCUCUGGUCCAGCAAAGAAUCAAGAUCAGUCUGUAGUUCAAAAGCUGAAAAGACGGCGUAGCAAAGAAGCACAAGUCUCAGAGCCGCCUAAGCAAAAGACUUCAAAGAGGUCGAGAUCAGAUGACCAAGAGGCGGUUGAAAGUAUCUCUGUUCCAGCAAAGAAUCAGCAUCAGAGUAACAAGCAUGAUACAAAUGCACCGAUCUGCGAGCUGCCUAAGCAAAAGACUUCAAAGAACCGUUCGAAGGAGACACAAAAAGUGAAACACAACGACUUGCCUAUGAAGGAGAUUCAAGAAGCAAAACACGGCUUGGUGUCUGAUAAAUCUAUGAGUGAUCUUCUAAAAGUUCUUGAGAAAUCAAGUCAGCAAGUGUCUAGCAAAGAGAAGAGCGACUCCUUAUCAUCACAGAAGACGAAGAGACCGAGAAAUCUCUCAAGCCUCUUUAGGUGAAAUGGUUACCCUACUGGUUGGUGUUUGGGGGCCUAAAGCCAAGAUGGAGACCUUCUUAAUGAAUCAGAAGAUCUCCCUUCAGUCACGGUCUCACUUCACAAUUUUUAGGUACGACAUGUAGUGGUAGUAACUUGAACCAAUUUAUUUCAUUUUGUUUUUUAUUUGGUCACUAGUAGAGAGAAAUUUUGGCCCUGAGUAAAUUAUAUAUUUAUUUGUGUCUUUGUUUCAUUUAGAUUCACAUAGUUUUCUUCGUUUCUAUAGAGAUGACAUUAGUUUGUUUC